AUGGAAAACCUUCUUCCUCAUCCGCCUCAUUCCAAAAAAAGGCCGCAAUCAGAGUCGUCCAUCCAUGACUUACCAGACGAGAUACUAUCUCACAUUCUCUCUUUUCUCCCAACCAAACAUGCUUUCAAAACCAUUCUUCUUUCCAAGAAGUGGAUUCCUAUAUGCCACUCACGCUCAGCUUUACACAUCGACGAUAUAAUCGUCAACAGCGCAGAGAACAAGAUUCACUUGGUCAGAUUCGUGGACGCAUUUAUGUUCUCCCCACACUCUCAGCACCUUCCCCUCAAAUCCUUUUCUAUCAAUUGUCGCUCACAACAAUGGGAUGCCAAGACUGACCGUUUCACUUUCGACAAAUGGAUUGAAGCAGCUAAACUACGCCGUGUCCUUCGUAUCUAUCUAUACUUGUUAGAUGUCCCUUUAUCCCCUACCAUUUUCUGUUUCAAAACACUCGUUAGCCUGACAUUAGUCAAAAUACAACCAGACACUUUAUUUGAUUCUUCUGUUGAUCUUCCUUCGCUCAAAAGCCUCUGUCUGAAUGAUGUUCGUUUUCAUCACAUAGACCAUUUCAUGAAACUUCUUUCAGGGUGUCCCGUUUUGGAGAGAUUGAGUACCAUGUUUGUUAAAGUAAAUGACAGGGCUACAGCAAAAGGGUAUUUUAAACCCUUGUCCAAGUUGAUCAUAGCCGGCAUCGUUUUAUUCGAGGUUCCAUUUAAAGCUGUAUAUAAUGUCCAACAUCUAAAUGUAUCAGGGUUAGGGCAUGAUCUUAUUAGUAAAGAAACCAAUUCAUUUUACAAAGAUUUUCCAGUAUUUGAAAACUUAACCGUACUUAAUCUAUGUUGGAGUAAUAAUACCCAAAUUCAUGACUGGGACGAGUUAGCAAAGAGUGCACCAACCAAAGAGGAUUGGAAAUAUCCAUAUCAUGUUCCUCAAUGUCUUUUGUCUCAUCUAAUAACGUGUAACAUUAGAGACUAUGAAGCUAUCGAAGCUGAUUUCCGAUUCGCAACAUAUAUUUUGCAGAAUGCGAGAUAUUUACAGGAGAAACAACCAGUCACAUUUAGAGAAAUGCAAUUGUUAAAUAAUCAACUUUUCUAUUACAUUACAUUGUCUAGCUUUUCUUCAACUUCAAUUGAUAUGCAUGAUGUUCAUUAUAGUGCUUAA